AUGCCCACAUCAAAUAAGAUCAAUGGCAUAGAUAAUCUCUCAGAAUUAUUUGGAAGCAUCAUUGUGACCAACAGAAAUGAUGUCUCGAGUAUGAACUCAAUCUUUGGCGCCAUUAGGCGAGACCGUGAAGAGGCAGCAGCAGCAGAAGCCGCUACCACUCAAUCAGUCCCAAAGGCUGCACCUGUAGCCGAAGAAAGCAGGAAAGCUCUUGCAAAGGAUCACGAAGGGAAUAUUGUGAUGAGUGGGGAUGAUGUGAAGAUCUCAUCGCAACAUAGACGCAAUGAGAAAUCCAUCACCAGAAACACGGACAACGAUAAGAUCACGCCAUUCAAAGACAACGACACUGAACGCAAUGGCAAUGCUGCUCCUGCGCCUAGGAAAGUACUCCAAGAGAAGGUGAUCACCAGAGAACAAUUCUCCCCCCAUCUCUUCACGAUCAAGCCAACAAUGCGAGGAAAACAAAUCGGCACAUUCGCCACGCAGCCCAUCCCAAGACACACCGAGAUCCUGCGCGAAGCGCCUCUCAUUUCUGGAGGGCCCACCUGGCCCGGCCGCGAAGCAGCCUACAACCUUCUCUCCCCCUCCAAAAGAGCAGCAGUUGAUUCUCUUUCCAGCAUGUGCAUGUGCGGUAAGAAACCCGAAUUCUGUCUCGAGACCCCUCUCAUGAAAAGAUGGGCCAUCAACUCUUUCGAAAUAAAUCCUUUUCUACAAGUUGGUGAUGUGACGAAUAACAAUUUUAUCUACGAUAAAGCAUGUCGUACCAACCACGCUGGUCUACCCAAUUGUUCGCGUUCCUUCCACUCAGAACAUAGUAUCUCGAUUCGCGCGAUGAGGGAUAUCAAGAAAGGAGAAGAAAUCACCAUUAACUAUGGGGUUUAUGGUUCCGCUUCUUUUCCGAGGACGAAUAUUUCGGAGAGAUGGAAAUUCACAUGUACAUGUACCACAUGUGUCAAGGGAGAAUUUGGAAUAAUAUUGUGUAAUGGGUUUCGAUUGAUCUUGUGA